AUGCCCGAGGGCCAGAGGGCUCCUGCCUCUCCCCGGACGGCUCAUAGGGCCCGGGACAGGGGCUCGUCUGGGCUUGCGGUCUGCCCGCCACCCCAGCGCCCGGCCCCGGGGUUCCCGGAGUCCCCGGCCCCUCGGCGGGGCGCCGUCUGCGCUAGUGUCCCGCAGAAGCUGGCCGAGGCGCUGAGCAGCCAGUACGGGCUGAACGUGUUCGUGGCGGGGCUGCUGCUCCUGCUGGCCUGGGCCGUGCACGCCUCGGGCGUGGGCAAGAGCGACCUGCUCUGCUUCCUCACGGCGCUCAUGCUGCUGCAGCUACUCUGGAUGCUGUGGUACGUGGGCCAUAGCUCCGCGCACCGUCGCCUCAUCCGCCUCAAGGACACGCACGCCGGCGCGCGCUGGCUCCGCGGUAGUAUCACAUUGUUUGCAGUCAUUACCAUCAUCCUGGGAUGCCUUAAAAUUGGGUACUUCAUUGGAUUUUCUGAAUGUUUAUCAGCCACAGAAGGAGUUUUCCCUGUCACACAUGCGGUGCAUACUCUGCUGCAGGUAUAUUUUCUUUGGGGGCAUGCGAAGGAUGUCAUUCAGUCUUUCAAAACACUGGAAAGGUUUGGAGUCAUCCACUCGGUGUUCACCAACCUGCUUCUGUGGGCCAACAGCGUCCUGAAUGAGUCAAAGCACCAACUGAACGAGCACAAGGAGCGGCUCAUCACCCUGGGCUUUGGGAACAUAUCUAUAGAUUUAGAUGACCACACACCUCCGUGUAAUUGCACACCCCUGGCUUUCUGCUCCGUCAUCUCACAGGGGAUUUACUACCUCUACCCUUUCAACAUCGAGUAUCAGAUUCUGGCUUCCACUAUGCUCUAUGUCCUGUGGAAAAACAUUGGACGAAAAAUUGACAGUCAUCAGCCUCAGAAGAUGCAUUUCAAGUUUCACGGGGUCAUGGUGGGCUCGGUCCUGGGCCUGACCGUGCUGGCAGCCACGAUCGGGGUUGUGGUGGUGUAUCUGAUUCAGAUAGGGCGUUCCAAAACCAAGAGUGAGUCGGCACUCAUCAUGUUCUAUGUGUACGCCAUCACCUUGCUGGUGCUCAUGGGGGCUGCAGGGCUGGUUGGAAUCCAGAUUUACAGGAUAGAUGAGAAAUCACUAGAUGAGUCCAAAAAUCCAGCCCGCAAAGUGGACGUGGACCUCUUGGUGGGCACUGCCUUCGGCUCCUGGCUCAUCUCCUGGGGCUCAAUCUUGGCCGUGCUCUGUGCCGAGUCCUGCCCCCCGUAUACCUGGUACAACCUGGCCUACUCCAUCCUGGUGAUCGUGGAGAAAUACAUCCAGAACCUCUUCAUCAUCGAGUCCACCCACCGAGAGCCCGAGAAGCUCUCCGAGGACAUCAGAACCCUGCGGGUGGUCACAGUCUGCAAUGGCAAUGCCGCAUACCAUGUUUCCUCCUGCCUCGAGAGCGGAGCUGUGGCCGGGGCCGUGGCUCCCCAGGGCAGCGAGAUGCCACAUGCAGUCGUCAGAAACAUGAGUCUACGAGAAGGCUGUGGCAAAGAGCAAGAGGAGAGGCGCCGGGAAGGGGCCCCGGGCUCAGCCUGCCGCCCCCGUUUCUUGCAGGGCAAUGCCAAGAGGAGAGUCUUGAAGAAUAUUGCAGCCUUUUUGUUCCUCUGCAAUAUUUCGCUGUGGAUCCCUCCCGCCUUCGGCUGCCGCCCCGAGUACGACAACGGGUUGGAGGAAAUUGUGUUUGGCUUUGAACCCUGGAUAAUUGUGGUCAACCUGGCCAUGCCUUUUUCUAUUUUCUACCGAAUGCACGCAGCCGCCUCCCUCUUUGAGGUCUAUUGUAAGAUAUAG